GUCGCCACCAUGGCGACGGCAGGAGGAGCCGCUGCAGCCAGCGGCGAGGACAAGAGCAACGGGGGCAAGAUCCCCGUACCCGUCUUCGAUGGCACGAAUAAGACCAUGAAGAAGUACCGCCGAGAGGUCGCCACCUGGCAGAUCGGGACCGAGGUCAAGCCGCCCAAGCAGGGAGCGACCUUGCUGGCCAGCCUGAAGGGCAAGGCCGAAGAGGCGUGCGAGGAGCUCGACCUGGACGCCAUCAAGGGCGACGACUCAGUGGAGGUGUUCCUGGAGUACCUCGGGAAGCGCUUUCCCGAGAUCGAGGUGCUGGAGACCCCGGCGCUGCUGGAGACCUUCGUGCGCCCGGCCUGCGUCCGGCACAAGUACGAGGAGAUCCGCGACUACAACAACCGCUUCAAUGGGAUCGCCACCAAGCUGAAGGCCAAGGGCAUCCAAGUGCCCGACGAGGUCUUGGCGGACCUGUACAUCAAGGGGGCCCGCCUGCCCCCGGAGCGCGCGGCGAGCGUGCUCAACGGCGUGGGCAAUCAGUUCAACCCCACCAAGAUCCAGGAGCAGUUGAUGAUCAACUUGCCCAAGGUAUCGGUCGUGGACGGCAACAAGGACAGCCGCGACAAAGGAGGCUACGGAGGUCACAAGAACAAGGACCACAAGCGGGCGUACGCCACGGAGACCUACGAGGAGGAUCGUAGGGCCGAGCUCGACGGCGCGUCCUCAGACAGCUCCGACGACUACGAGGACGAGCUGCCCGACGAGCUGCAGGACGUGAUCGACGAGGCGGAGGAGCAGGUAGCGUUCUUCACCAAGAAGAUGGUGCGCGCCAAGGACAAGCUGAAGGAGGCGAAGCAGGCGCGUGGCUACUUCGCCAAGCGCGACGGCGGCAACCCGCCGAAGAGAGACGAUCCCAAUAUCGCCAAGAUGAAGGCAAGGACACACUGCGGCGCAUGCGGCCAGAAGGGCCAUUGGCGCGGUGACCCGCAGUGCUCGAAGAGGAACGACCCCAACGCCAAGGCCGACAUCCCGAAGAAGGGAAGCAACAGGACGAACAUCGCCACGCACGAGACCAGCGACGCGCAGGAGCCUCACGUGGCGGAGAUGACGGUCGCGGCGGUCUACCAGCAGGACCAGCGGGCCGCGGCUCGCGACAGGAAGUACGACGCGCUGCACAGCAUCGACUGGACGCAGAUCCGCCAGGCCGCCGAGCUACCCGAAGAAGUUACGGCGGCGGCGUUCUUCAUCAAUAAGGACCACCAGUGCCUGAUGGCCGCGACGAGCUCGGGAGGCAAGGAGUCGGGAGGCAAGCUGACCUUCGACACGGCCUGCACUCGGUGCGUCGGCGGCCUCGACUGGCACAGCGACAUCAAGAAGAGGCUGGCCGCCUUCAACAUCCAGCCCAUCGAGUACCCCGAGAAGGAGCCGUUCCGGUUCGGGGCGUCGAAGGUGGUGUUCAGCCUCAAGGCGGCGCUGAUCCCCUGUUCGGUGAACGGCAAGGCCCUUACCGUCCGCAUGAGCAUCGUGCGCAGCGCCGUGCCAGGACUGUUCAGCCGUAAGGCCCAGAGCGAGCUGGACAUCGUUUACCACGCCAGAGACAACAAGCUGGACAUCAAGUCGAUCGACGAGCACGACAUCCAGAUGGGCCUGAGCCGCGCCGGACACCCGACGCUGGACACCACAGGCUUCACGCCGGGCUACAAGCCCGUUUCGGACGUCUCGGAUACCAAGGCCGAGAUUCGUCUCCACCCUUGUGCUUCUUUCCACGCUGAGACAGCUGUGGCCAGCGCCGCCAAGCCGGUGGUGCCCGAGGCUCGCCACCAAGGGGUAGCCUCGGAGGCCGACGAGUCUCAGUCGGACACUGACUGCGACGCGCUCGAUAGCGCCGAACUGUUCGAGCAGCAGGAGCUAAACCUCGCAGCGAUCCUCCGUCACGGCAUGUUCGAUUUCAGCAGCAAGGAAACCGUAGCGAGCCACGAGAUCAGCCAUAAGCACGCAGUCAUCAAACUACAUCAUCACCGCAGCCAUCCGGCUCGAGUUCAACUGUGGCUCCACCAGCGAAUACGACGCGUGCCGUGGCAGAUCCAGCCACCGCAGCUUUCCACGAACCAGCGGCCGGCGCUUAUGCCCCCGUCGCACCAGCGAUGUACGACAUCUCCCAAGGAGACGAGCCCGGGGGGCAGCGGCCAGAACUUGCCGACGACGAGUACUGCCUGUCUCCAGGCGAAAUCCAGCAUGCGGAUGCCGGAGCUGCAGGCCGAGGUGGCAAGCUACGACUUGGAUCUCCGGGUGAUCUUGCGUGCGCUGAGGGCCGAGGGCCGCGAGAGCACGCCGCAGGACGACUACAUCCUGGGGCUCGGCAAGAAGAACAAGGAGGAGCUCCAGCAGCUGUGCCGGGACCGCCAGAUCGAGUUCGACCAGCGCACGACCGUGCCGGAGCUCAGGCAGCGCCUCAAGGGCUGGAAGGUCGAGGACGCGGCCAGCAGUGCCUCGGCAACGGUGGCUCAUCCGAGCUCGCAGAUCACCGGGGCCGACAAGAUGCGCUUCGGCAAGUACCCCACGGCGGACUACCGCUGGGUGCUCAAGAACGACCUGGGCUACGCGCAGUGGGGGGCAGUCCUGGAGCUCAACAGCAACCGGGCAAGCCCGCUCCUGGCGCGAUUCGCCAGGUGGGUCAAGGCGCACGGAGUGCAGCCCCUUCCCCCGGAGAAGGCCAAGACCACCUUGGAGGUAGUGAUGGCCGAGGAGGUGGUGCUGGACGACGAGUGUUUGGCGCCAGCGGCGACGACCACGAGGGCCUCAGCAAGCCAGGGGAGCUGGGCCGGGCAUCGGCGCCAGCGUCCUCCGGAGCCGCACGAGAUGGACACCUGCGACAUGGGCUUCGAGAAGGCGGGCGAGACCGACAAGGGGGAUCCCCCGAGCGGCAUCAAGAAGGGCAAGCGCGUCGGCCUCCUCUACCAGGUCACGGGCUUGCUGAGCGCCUUCGCCUUUCAGACGGUGCUCACCGCGGACUGGCUGGCUAGACCUCUCAAGCCAGUGGUGCAGCAUGCCACCAGUGCUGCGCGAGACGUGGUCGACCACGUCCAGAACGUCAGGGAGGCCUACAACGUUCGCAGCCACCGCGUGGACGUCAUGCAAGUGUUCGGAGGCGAAGGCGGCAUUACCGAGGCGGCGUGGAAGCGCCAGAUGACGGCCACAGAGGUGAUCGACCGCAAGUACGGAUGGGACUUACGCAAGCAGAAGGACCUCGACGCGACGUACGACCUGCACUACGCCUCAAGGCCGAAGUUCGUGUCAAUCGAGCUACCUUGCACUCACUACACGAACAUCACGCACCUCAACUUUCGGACGCCGCAGGCCAAGCAGGCGAUCCGGCGGAUCUGGAGGGCAGAGCGGCCGUUCCUUUUAUUGGCCCGCGACCUCUUCAAGUACCAGCUCGACUCUGGCGACAUGGCCAUGAUCGAGAAUCCGGCCACCAGCUGGCUCUGGACACAGCGCGCGAUUUUGGAGCAACUGGCGGACGAGCGCGUGUACCAGGUGAGGUGCGACAUGUGCGAGUACGGAGCUCGACACUACAAGACGGGGAGACUCAUCAAGCACCCCACGAAGCUGCUCGUUACCAACAAGGAGUUCGAGCAGCUGAAGCGCACCUGCAGCCACAAGCACCACGACCAGACCUUCGGGGACAACGUGGCGGUGCGCAAGUCUGGCGUUUAUCCUGCUAAGUUCUGCAGAGCGGUGGUGCGCAUCGUGGAGCAGGUCAUUCGCCAGCAAGGUGGGCAGCGCGCCUACCAGGUGGACUGCCAGUCGCGCUCGUCGCCCUUCAUCGUGACAGUGCCCAGGGGGCAGGCCACCGCCUACGUGAGCGACACCGCGCCCCUGGGAGAGACGGGCGAGCCUGAUGGGGACCCAGACCUCAUGGGCGGCGGAGACGACUUCGCCGACACUCACGACGUGCGGGCCGAAGAUACUGUGGACGGCAGGAUCGGGGUCGGCGCGAUUACCUUCACAAAGAAAGCAGCGGCCUGCUGCAAGCCAGCCGAGCUGGCCAUGCUCAAGAGACUCCAUGUCAACUUGGGCCAUCCGUCUAAUGAAGAUUUGGGCCGCAGUUUGCGACUCAAAGGCGCUAAGUCGGCCACCGUCCAGGCCGUCAAGGGGCUGAUCUGCGGGGUGCGCCGCUCGCAGCAGCGCCCGAGCGCGAGGAGACCAGCGCACCUCCACUUCGUGCAAGAUUUUGGAGACGACGUCGGCUUCGACUAUUUCAAGCUCAAGGACGUCGACGGCAAGAGCUACUGGUACUUCAGCAUCGUUGACCUGGCCACCACCUUCCACGUCGCGACGCUGAUCGGUCGCCACACCAGCCAGGAAUUCGCCGCCGCGUUCGAGAGGUGCUGGGCCUCCUGGGCGGGCGUACCGGACCGAGUCCACUUCGACGUGGAGAAGGGGUUCGGCGGCGCCCUCAGCGAGCUGUUCCAGUCAUUCAACACGGUGCAGCUGCCCAUCGCUGGUCAGGCACAUUGGCAGCUCGGUCGCGUGGAACGCCAGGGAGCUUGGUGGAAGGAGCUCGCGGCGAGGACGAUCGAGCACUCGUCGAUCAGGGGCGAGGACGAGAUGCGGACGCUGGCCAUCAUGGUCUCGGGCGCGAAGAACUCGCUGAGAAGGCGAGCAGGCUUCAGCCCAGCGCAGUGGGUGCUGGGACGCGACCCCAAGAUGCCCGGAGACCUAGUGGACGAUACGGCCAACUACAGCGCCCACAGCCUCGCGGCUAACGACGAGAAGAUUCGCCGACGAUAUGCUAUUCGGACGGCGGCGCGCGAGUCGUUCAUGAGGAUGCAGAACGACGACCAGCUCCGGCGAGCUAUGUUGGCUCGCGCGCGCACGGUGGCGACGCCCUUGUCAGUGGGCGAGAUGUGCUACGUCUUCCGCCAGGUCAAGAAGAAGGAGCAGCGGGAGCAGCACAACCGCAACGCCAAGAAGGGCAUCUGGCGAGGGCCGUGCGUAGUCAUCGGCCACCAAGGCGAGAACGCCUGGGUCUCGCUAGGAGGGCGCACCAUGCUGGUGGCCCCGGAGCACAUCAAGGCACUCGCUCCGGACGACGUUUGGUUCCCGAACGGCAGGGGCGAGAUCGGUCAGGCCGUGGCCGAGCUCAACCGGGCUCGCGACUCGCUCGAACAGGAAGAGGCUCCGGUGGAGGACAUCCGCCCGGCGCCUGGCGAGCCCGAGGUCAAGCCAGACGAGAUGGAGCAGGCGUGGCGGGAAUUUACCGACAGCCCGGACGACAGCGACCUCAGGCUGAACGUCUCCGAGGAUCCGCCCCAGCAGGAGCAGAUCCAGGUGCUGCCCGCCGACGUGCCGCAGCAAGCUGAAGAAGGGCGCACCCACGGCCCUGACGAGUUCCGACGACGUCGAGCUACCUUCGACGGAGGGGGCAGCGGCGACUUCGGCCCGGCCUUCAAGCGCCUCCAGACCGAGAGGGAGCACGCAGGCUCUGGCGCCCUGCCCGCAAGGGCAGCUUCGCGCGACCGCGCGGCGGCGCCCGAUCAAGAGGCAGCAGCCGGACCCGAAGCAGAAGGAGCCCGCCAACGCUCGAGGUCGGCUCCAAGACAAGCACUGCAAACCUCCAUCAUGACCGAGAGGAUCAAGCGCAAGCAGGCCGACAAGGAGAUCCACUGGAGAGCCAUCAAGGACUCCGAUCGGGAGCUCUUCAGGGAGGCGGCCGCAAAGCAGUGGAGCGAGUGGCAGAAGUAUGGCUCUUGUCAGGUACUCUCCAUCGAGGAGUCCGAGGCGAUCAGGAGCAUGAUCAAGCCCAGCCUCAUCCUGCCCAGCCGGUUCGUGUACCGGGACAAGAACGCCCCGCUGCGGACCGACAAGCAUCCGCUGCCGGUCAAGGCGAAGGCCCGACUCUGCGUCGGAGGUCACAUGGGCCCGCGCCUCGCUCAGGGGGACCUGCGGACGGACGCGCCCACGGUCACCCGCAACUCGACCAUGCUGUUCUUCACUAUCUGCCAGAGGUUCGACCUGGAGAUCUACGCGGCGGACGUGGAGGCGGCUUUCAUGCAAGGAGACGAGCAGCCCGACCAGCAGCUGCACAUGGCCCAGCCUCGCGAAGGUCUGCCUGGGCUCAACCCGAAGCAGCUGAUCAAGAUCCUCAAGGGAGUUUUCGGGCUGGCGACGGCACCGAGGCAAUGGUGGGCGAAGCUCAAGAGGACCUUGCUCGCGGUGGAGGAGAAGCUGAACGACAACUACGUGUUUCGCCUACACCAGCACUCGCUGGACCCAGCGCUGUACUACGGCUACGACCAGCACGGGGAGCUCUGUGCGGUGGUGGUCGCCCACGUGGACGACUUGCUGCUGGGGAUCUCGCACAAGUACCCGGGCCUCUACGACAGGCUUCGCAAGCUUUUGCCCUGGGGCGACUGGCGAGGCUUGCCUUUUACCUUUUGCGGCAAGCAGGCCUGGCGAGAUCAAGAAGGAGUACUACAUCUACGACAAACCGAGUACGCGAACACCAUCGAAGAGAUUCCGCUCAGCAAGGGGCGCAAGACGGAACUGUCGUUAGAUGCUACGCCAGCCGAGUUCUCGGACAACCGCUCCGCACUCGGAGCGCUCGGGUGGCUUUCAUCGCAGACUCGUCCCGACCUGGCAGCUGGAGUGGCCAUGGGGCAGCGAACCCAGAACAAGCCCACCAUCCAGGACUUGCUCGAGACGAACAGGCUCAUCAAGCUGGCGCGGAAGCACGCGGACGUGGGUUUGGAGUUCCCCAAGCUACGUGGACCUCUGUGCCUGGUGACGUUCCACGACGCCAGUUGGGCCAACGCUGAUGAGACAGCUGAAGGCGCCAUCUCCAAGUUGCUCGCCAAGACCAUGGGAGCAACCAGUAAGGACAAGAAGAUCAAGAUUCGCUCGCAGGCCGGCUACGUGAGUUUUCUCGCAGAGGCCAAGCUACUACGCGGAGAUCGAGCUCGAGCAGGGAUCGUUGAUAGGAGAUUGGGCACCAUCAAGAGAGUUUGUAGAUCUACGUUGGCAGCCGAGACGAUGUCGGCAGUAGACGCUCUAGGCUGUGCUCAGAUUACACGCUGUGUUUUCGCUUCGCUAGAGAUUCUGGAUGCCCAUCCAGAGGACAUCCCGCCGAGUCUGUUGCCGCUCGCUCAGGUCACAGAUUGCGCCAGCUUGUACGAUACGAUGCACAAGGACGGUGAUUCCAAGCUCCCGUCAGAGCGGCGCCUUUUGCUCGACCUAGUGGGCCUCAAGGAGUCACUAGAAGAGGAAGUUAGCAACGAGUUCGUCGCUGACAAUCAGCGCAGCCAACUGCCUCUCUUUUGGGUUCCGACUGAUCAACAGCUCGGUGAUCAGUUCACCAAGCGAUCGGACGGCAGUGCCAUCAGGGCAGUGCUACGAGACACACGCCUCGCUUUGCAGCAUCAAGAGCCGACUGACCAGGCCAGAGAGCACGAGGCACACCUGACCAGUGCCGGCUCACUUUUCAAGCGCACAGUGCGCCUGGUCUCAUUUUAG